GGCCGUUUAACAGAUUAUUAUAAUGGAGCCUACACUAGUUUUCUUUUGCUUCAUGUUGGGGUUUAGAAAAAAAAAGCUGUAGAAAUUACAACAGUGUUAAUGUUACCUAUCUUUAAAUAUGCAAAUCUGAAUGCAGCGUGGAAUAUCCAGUGGUUAAGGAAACUUGGAAGCGGAUACAUUUACUACCGGAAGCUCGUUCAUGAAGUCACCAAAGGAGAAACUAUACCCACUCUACUAUCGUUUUUAUUCAAGCACUGGGAGAAGCAAGUCUAACUGAGGAAAUAUUCCAUAUAUUGUACCUUAUUCCAUUGCAGUGGAUGAUUGUGUUCUACAAAAAGGCUAUCUGUGCAGCCAAGGAUUGGAUAUGUCAUCUCUUCUAAAGGAAGACAUGGAGAAAAAACUCUUCAAGCCAAAGGGACACACUUUGUACGAGUUCAUAGAGAUAAAAUCUGAAUUGAAAGAGAGGUUUUAUUUGUGUACAUCAGUGGUGAAACGGAAGGAGGUUCAUAUCUCUUUGGUAAAGCACUAUAAAGUAUGCCUAGAUGAAAAGUAUGAAAUCGCAGAGAGAUGGUUUCUUAAAGACUUGGAGUGUAUUGAUGGGAAAGAUGCUGAUACAGACAAUGCGCACUUUGAUAUGAAGUUUGAGGAAGUCUGCAAUGUGGAGGCAUACAGCUGUGCUUCAAAAUACGCAUUUGUGCGAAGUAUAAUUAAACUAAAUACUCUCUACACAAAAAGAGACAUCAAAGUUAUUAAUUUCGACUCCUCCUACAUAGAAGAUGGUGUGAUGUGGUCUUCAAACAACGGCGACUGCUUAGUACUUAUGAGAAUAUGCUUUUAUGCCUCAAACCUUUUAUGUCUCGCCUUAUGUCCUCUUCCAUAAUUAAUAUAACUAACUAAAGGAUUGUCACAAUCAGUUAAGUCCAUUCUACAGUUUUUUUAUUAGAUAGUUAUGUCCAGUCAGAUUGAGCAAGAUAGCUAUAAAGCAUGCAUAAUGGAGAUGCUAGAGUGAUUUAAAUGAUUUAUGAAUUCGGGCAGUCAUUAUUGUGGUUCAAGGAUACAGCAGUAGGAUGCCCCACCUUUUCUUUGUCCAUGACUAUUCACUUAUAUGGUCAUUAGUCUUCAAGAAAAUAUGUUGAAAUGAACAACAGAAGCCUUCAUGUGAACAGCGCCAAUAUUAUAUAUACACAGCAUACAUUUGGACGCUGCAAGUCAAGACAACUUCUGUUACAGUGCAGAUUUAUAAUCCUGCUUUGUGUUUUAUAGUAAAGGUCACUCAAGUGUUUCCAACGGUGGAGUUAAUUGAAGCAUAUGACAUUCUUGAUAUAUGCAGCAAUGAAUGAAAAGCCGAUACCUUUUUAUGCAUCAAAC